UAAAGUUUUGGGAAUUGCGGUGCUGCCACGGCUUCCUGCUUCUCAGCUCCUCCUUUUUCUUCUUUUAUAUAUAUACAUAUAUAUCUCUUUCUUUCCCAUAAUUUCCCUAUUUUUUCACAUUCUCCUAACACUAAAUUAUUAUUCUUCAAAAAUAAAAAAUCAAAAAAAAAAAAAAAAAAACCGCCUAUAUUAUUAUUAUGGCCUCUGUUGUUCCUUAUCCCCUACUGUUUUCCCCUUUCCUAUCAUGUUCUCCCUGAAAAAAAGAAAAAAAAAAAAGGAAAUUCCCAAUACACCGCUGAAACCCUCAUUCCCCAUUUCCCAUUUGCUCCAUUUCAUUUGCAAUUUCAUGGUUUGGUUUUGAUUUUUCUCUAGUUGGGUUUUCUUUUUUUUAAUCAGUUAGUUGAGAUGAAGAGGGAGCUUGAAGAUGAUAGAUCUACUGCAGGUUGUGGCCGGAGGGUUGUGAAAGGAGAGUGUUCUUCAAUGUCGAGUGCGAAAAUGAAGAUGUGGGAGGAGGAUGAGGAGAAAGAUGGCGGCGCCGGUGGAAUGGAUGAGUUGCUUGCUGUUUUGGGUUACAAAGUUCAAGUCUCGGAUAUGGCGGAUGUGGCUUUGAAGCUUGAGCAGCUUGAGAUGGUGAUGGGAACUGCUCAGGAAGAUGGGAUUUCUCAUCUUGCUUCUGAUACUGUUCAUUAUAAUCCUUCUGAUCUCUCUGCUUGGGUUCAAAAUAUGCUCUCUGAAUUCAAUAAUUCCACAAAUCAGUUUAAUCCUCCCCCUCAAUCUUCUCCCUAUUCCAAUUCUCACCACCGGAUUCAAUCCACUAAAUCGUGUUUGUACGACGAUGAUUCUGAGUACGAUCUUAGCGCCAUUCCUGGUGUUGCCGUUUUGCCUCGUAAAGAUUCCACCACAGAAACCGAAAGUAAUUCUCGUAAGCGAUUGAAGAUUGAAACAGAUAUCAGUUCGGUGAAUUUGUUACCGUCGCCCUCGUCCUCUUCACCGCCGUUCGUUGCUUCGGCGGGGAUUGUCUCUGAAACUCCGCGGCCGGUCGUGGUUGUGGAGGAGGAAUCACAAGAGACUGGGAUUCAGCUUGUUCACGCUCUAAUGGCUUGCGCUGAGGCAGUGCAGCAAGAGAAUAUGAAGCUCGCCGAUGCGUUGGUGAAGCACAUCACAUUUCUUGCUGCGUCGCAAGCCGGCGCUAUGAGGAAGGUCGCGACGUAUUUCGCUCAAGCCCUAGCUCGUCGGAUUUACAGAUUCUACUCUCCUCAAGAUGGACUUUACUCCUCUUACUCCGAUCCUCUUCAGAUGCACUUUUACGAAACCUGUCCGUAUCUUAAAUUCGCGCAUUUCACUGCAAAUCAGGCUAUUCUUGAAGCGUUCGCGACGGCGGCGAGAGUUCAUGUCAUCGAUUUCAGUCUCAAUCAAGGUAUGCAAUGGCCGGCGCUUAUGCAGGCACUCGCAUUACGACCUGGAGGUCCGCCGGCGUUUCGAUUGACGGGAAUCGGCCCGCCACAGCCGGAUAAUACGGCGGAUUCGUUGCAGCAAGUCGGGUGGAAGUUAGCGCAGAUGGCAGAAGCCAUUGGUGUUGAGUUCGAUUUCAAUCACAUCGUGUGUAGUAAUCUAGCCGAUCUCGAUCCGGCGGCUUUGGAGAUUCGGCCGGCAGCGGUGGAGUCGGUGGCGGUGAACUCAGUGUUCGAUCUGCACCGGUUGUUAGCUCGGCCUGGAGCGAUAGAGAAGGUUUUGGGAUCGAUAAAGAAGACGAAGCCGAAGAUCGUGACGAUUGUGGAACAAGAAGCGAACCACAACGGACCGGUUUUUCUGGACCGGUUUACCGAAGCGUUGCAUUAUUACUCGAACUUGUUUGACUCGCUAGAGGGGUCAUCGACCGGGUUCGAACCGGCAAGUGAAGACGUGUUUUUGUCUGAGGUUUAUUUGGGGAAGCAGAUUUACAACGUGGUGGCUUGUGAAGGAACGAACCGAGUUGAGCGGCACGAGUCAUUAACUCAAUGGCGAACUCGGAUGGAAUCGGCCGGGUUCGACCCGGUCCAUCUCGGUUCGAACGCGUUUAAGCAAGCUAGUAUGCUUUUGGCCCUAUUUGCUGGCGGAGAAGGGUACAGGGUGGAGGAAAAUAAUGGGUGUUUAAUGCUUGGCUGGCACACUCGACCGUUGAUCGCCACGUCAGCAUGGCAACUCGCUCCCGAUGAGUCAAAGUGAGUCUGACUCAGUGAGUGAGUGAGUGAGUGACUGGGUGUGAGUUUGUGGACCUGGAUUCUUUUUUCUUUUUUUUUUUUCUGCCUUUGUAUUUAAAGGGUGGAUUAAUGACGAUAUGCUUUUUUUCUCUUUUUUUUUUUUUUUUGGGGGGGUUAUGUAGCUUACCUUUCUACAAUAAAUAUGGUGAGCCUUAAUUCUUAAAAAGUGGAAAAUAUUAUGAAAAUA